AUGAAUUUGAAGUACUUUAUCCUGCCGGAAACGACGACAGUGGCUAUGCACACAUCUACUUUUGUCACACUCCAUGGAGUGCAUCACUGGACAGUAGCUUGCGAGGACUCCAGAGAUAUUCUUCCCCUAGCAUUUAAUUUUAUCACCAGCUGGUUGCGAACUAACCCCCAAGAUACGCUCAUUUUAGCUAGUAGCAUGCCGGUGGAAUACAUAUGCAGGACGCCGUCUUUUCUUUUUUUCCAAGACAGCGAUAUAUUUGCAGAGCUACGUACCCGGUUCUCCAUCUUCUACCUGGACAGCUACGAGUCAUUUGUCUCCAAAUUCUCUAAACAGUGGAAGCGCCCCAUCCAGUGUCUUGUUCUAUACGAUCCUGUCCGUUUGACUCAUGAGUAUCUUGCCUCCCACCAAAAAAUACUCCUGGGGACCAUUCUUGCUGUGUCUGCAAGCAAAGUUCUUUUUUCCACAGCAUUUGGCGGGCCAGAACUUCUCUAUAUGCGCCCCAAUGCGGUGUUGCUCAGGCGAAGGCUCAAGCCACACGGAGUCAGCAUUCUACAGAUACAUCACACAACAGAAACGGAUUUAUAUGACAAUAAGGGUGCACUACUAGUGAUGUCUCCGCGCGGACUACUUACGUGUCACGCUAUUGUAUUGCAACUGGACCAAUAUUUGGCAAUUUUGAAGUUCAAGCGAUAG